ACCAGCAUCAGGAGAGUCUCGUGCGUUCAUAGCUCCAACGUGAGCGAGGUGUGUUCGUUUGCGGUCGGAGGAGUGAAACAUGUGGAAGGCAGUCCAGCUGACGGUCCGCCGGGCGGGGAGGAGCGGGGUUUGUGUUCCUCCACGCUGCGUCCCCGCUCUGUCCUGUCGGUCAGUGCCUGGCUCAUGGGCCGUGGCAGGUCGGGAUGUGACCCGGAUGUUCUGCAGCGGAGCCGAGAGGAGGAUCUGUAUGGUGGACCUGGACCUGGAGGAGGUGUUUGUGUUUGUGGAGUGUUCAGAUCCGGAGGAGGACAAAGACGUCCAUCAGCUGAGCCUCUCCUCUGAUCCUCCUCCUCCGGUUCCUCCUCAGAGACACCUGAGGUCUUUGGAGCUUCAGCUGCAGGUGUUGAGGGGCGUGGCCCAGCAGGAGGCGGAGUCUGACUCUCUGAUCCAGUUCCAAGACGUGGACUUCCCGCUGGACAAGAGUGUUGUGUCAUCGAAGAAGAAGAAGAAGAAGAUGAUGACGGCAAGUAAAGGUGAGCAGAAGGUGUUCGGUACCCCGGACCUGGAGGAGCCGGUGAGUGACACCUGCUGCUCUGGCUGCGGCGCCGUCCUUCACUGCACUGCCGCCGCCGUGCCCGGAUACCUGCCAAGUGAGAAGUUCAAGGUGCUGCUGCAGGAGGAGCAGCUGAGCGACGCCACCUGUCAGCGCUGCCACCUGCUGACCCACCACCACAAGGCCCUGAACCUAAACAUGACCCCGGACCAGUACCGGGCCGUGGUGCUUCAGAUCCGGCCCCACAGGGCUCUGGUGCUGCUGGUCGUGGACCUGAUGGAUGUCCCAGACUCCGUGGUCCCCGACCUGCCGGACCUGGUGGGGACCAACAAACACGUGGUCGUCCUCGGAAACAAGAUUGACCUGCUGCCCGGAGACUCGCCCGACUACCUGCGGCGGAUCAGGAGGCAGCUCUCCGCGUACUGUCGGGACGCCGGCUUCGGGGAUCAGGUGACCGACGUGCACCUGAUCAGCGCCAAGACUGGGUACGGCGUGGAGGGUCUGGUGUCCAGCCUGCAGAGGUCCUGGAGGUACAAAGGUGACGUCUACCUGGUGGGCAGCGCCAACGCCGGCAAGUCCACGCUCUUCAACACGCUGCUGGAGUCAGACUACUGCAAGUCCAGAGCCUCAGACCUGGUCCACAAGGCCACCAUCUCUCCCUGGCCCGGGACCACUCUCAACCUGCUUAAGUUCCCCAUUAUCAACCCGACUCCACACAGGAUGUUCAGACGGGAGGAGAGACUGAAGGAGGCGGAGAGACAGACGGAGACAGAGCUGUCUCCGCAGGAGAUGAAGCGACUGAGACACUUCAGCAGACAAGGAUACCUAGUGGGUCGUGUUGGCAGAACCUUCCGGUCUCACAUCAGAUCCAGACCCGAUGAGAUCCAGUUCGAUCCCGACAGUUUGGCUUUUGGAGAAAACGAUGACGGAGAGAUGAAGAGCUUGACAGCUCCCAGCGGGUCAGCUGACAAGUUCUCAUUCAACGAGCUGAAAGACGCUCACUGGCUGUUUGACACGCCGGGACUCCUGAAGGAGCACGAC